AUGAUCGCAGCCCAGGCCAAGCUGGUUUACCAUCUCAACAAGUACUACAACGAGAAAUGCCAAGCCAGGAAAGCGGCCAUCGCCAAAACUAUCCGAGAAGUCUGCAAAGUGGUCUCGGACGUGCUCAAGGAGGUGGAAGUGCAGGAGCCCCGCUUCAUCAGCUCCUUGAACGAAAUGGACAACCGCUACGAGGGGCUGGAAGUCAUUUCGCCCACCGAGUUCGAGGUGGUCCUCUACCUGAACCAAAUGGGCGUUUUCAAUUUUGUCGACGACGGCUCGCUGCCCGGCUGCGCGGUGCUCAAGCUGAGCGACGGGCGCAAGAGGAGCAUGUCCCUCUGGGUGGAGUUCAUCACGGCCUCGGGUUACCUCUCGGCCCGCAAAAUCCGCUCCCGCUUUCAGACGCUCGUGGCCCAAGCGGUGGACAAAUGCAGCUACCGGGACGUGGUGAAAAUGGUGGCGGACACCAGCGAGGUGAAGCUGCGGAUCCGGGAUAGGUACGUGGUGCAGAUCACGCCGGCGUUUAAAUGCACCGGGAUCUGGCCCAGAAGCGCUGCCCACUGGCCCUUGCCCCACAUCCCCUGGCCGGGUCCGAACCGCGUGGCUGAGGUCAAAGCCGAAGGCUUCAACCUCCUGUCCAAGGAAUGCCACUCGCUGGCGGGCAAGCAGAGCUCGGCCGAGAGCGACGCCUGGGUCUUGCAGUUCGCCGAGGCCGAGAACAGGCUUCAAAUGGGCGGUUGCCGGAAGAAAUGCCUCUCGAUCCUCAAAACGCUGCGGGAUCGCCACCUGGAGCUACCCGGGCAGCCCCUGAACAACUACCACAUGAAGACCUUGGUUUCCUACGAGUGCGAGAAGCACCCGCGGGAAUCGGACUGGGACGAGUCUUGCCUGGGCGACCGCCUCAACGGGAUUUUACUACAGCUCAUCUCCUGCCUUCAGUGCAGGCGGUGCCCGCAUUAUUUCUUGCCCAACUUAGACCUCUUCCAAGGCAAGCCUCACUCCGCCCUGGAAAACGCCGCCAAACAAACGUGGCGGUUGGCGAGGGAAAUACUCACCAACCCCAAAAGUUUGGAAAAACUUUAG